ACACAGUAACACACACACAAACUCUCAGCCUGUGUGAUCAGUCCUCCAUCAGCUGGUGAACCUGCAGGGUUGAUGGUGAUUGGUUCCUGCUGGCUGUGGGGUCUGACUGACAUUAUCAUCCUCAUCCUUCAUCAUUAUCCAGACCAGAACCAGUAGGAACCAGUCAGACCAGGAUGUUCAGGUACACGGCUCCCUGGCAGGUUCUCUGUCACAGUCUGGAUCAGGACUCCAAGAGACUCUCGGCUGGCCGGCAGGAUGUUCUGACUCUACAGAGUUUCCAAACAUCAAGUUCUGUUCACCACCUUCCUCCAUCGAAGCCUCCUCCUGCAGGUUCCACAGCGCCCCCCGCCGGCUCCACUGCUCCCCCCACUGGCUCCACAGCACCCCCUGCAGGUUCCACAGCGCCCCCCGCCGGCUCCACAGUGCCCCCUGCAGGUUCCACAGUGCCCCCUGCAGGUUCCACAGUGCCCCCUGCAGGUUCCACAGCGCCCCCCGCCAGCUCUACAGUGCCCCCUGCAGGUUCCACAGCGCCCCCCGCCGGCUCCACAGCACCCCCUGCAGUUAUGGACAGCACCCCAAGGAGGUGGGUGCUGAAGCCUCUGUCCCCCCUGCUGCAGCCGUCUGACCUGCGCUCAAUCGCCGGCCCAGCCCGAGACGAUGAUUCGGUCUUCAGCUUUGACAGCGUCUCCGUCUCUCGCAGCUUUUCCUCGGUGCAGGUCUCCUCACAGCAGGCUGACGAGUCGGGGGACGUGGUGGUCCAGGCCCGGCAUGUUGCUGUGUCACAGGACGGAGGGAGCACCAGCGACGAGUGGCAUCCCAGCAGCCCCAGCGGCCCCAGCAGUCCCAGCAGCAGCACAGGAUCUCACUGCGGGUUCUACUCCUUCGUUGAGGACCCAACGAGUCCGGAGGCGGAGCUGAACGAGGCGUGGAUGGUGUCGCCUCAGAGAGCGGUUCAGCUGGCGACACUGAAGGAGGAUCAAGGCUUCAAACUGCAGACCUACAGCAGCAGCAAGAAACCAGGGAGCCUGUUCUCUGACAGCAGUGACUUGGAGUACAAACUGGACCCAAACAACCACAUAGAGGCAGUUGGGGACAAAGAGGAGCAGCAGCUUCGGCAGGACAUCAUCCGCAGCCAGGCCCCAAAGAAGAACCUGAAGCUCGUGGAGCGGCUGAGUGCGCUGCAGGAUCUGGACCUGAGCAGAUCGCCGAACAAGCUGAUGGAAGGUUUCAGUUUGAGCUUCAGUCCUGUCACCAUCAAACCAGAACCCCCUCGCCCCACUGAGCAAGGCAUCGUCGACAAGGAGCAGAUCAACUUCAGCGCUGCCCGGCAGCAGUUCCUGAAGAUGGAGCAGGAGCGAUUGAAAGCCCCCAUCCCUCUGAGGUCCUCAAAAACACACCUGAACUCAUCUCUGCAGCCGGAUGCUGAUGUGUCCUCGUGGAGGCGGCCAGAGACAGACAACCGGGUGAAGACAGAAGACCGGGUGGAGACAGACGACCGGGUGCAGACAGACGACCGGGUGGAGACAGACGACCGGGUGAAGAUAGAAGACUGGGUGGAGACAGACGACCGGGUGGUGACAGACAACCGGGUGAAGACAGAAGACCGGGUGGAGACAGACGACCGGGUGCAGACAGACGACCGGGUGGAGACAGAAGACCGGGUGGUGACAGAAGACCGGGUGGUGACAGACAACCGGGUGAAGACAGAAGACCGGGUGGAGACAGACGACCGGGUGCAGACAGACGACCGGGUGGAGACAGACGACCGGGUGAAGAUAGAAGACUGGGUGGAGACAGACGACCGGGUGGAGACAGACGACCGGGUGGAGACAGACGACGGGGUGCAGACAGACGACCGGGUGGAUCUUGGAGAAGACACGAUGAUGUUUAAACAAUCUGAUGAAGGUGAGACCUUCACAGAGAGGAGGGUGACAGUGUGCCAGACUGACAACAGUCUGAGCAUCUUGGACGACCUGAACCUGGAGGAGAUGAACGGCGGUUACGCCAGCAACAAGGGCGUUUUCAGUGACAUCACUCAGCAAGAGAGCGGGGACAAAUACGAGACCCCGAUUGAAAGGGAGAUCCGGUUAGUUCAGGAACGGGAGGAGAACCUGCGACGCUCGCGAGGCCUGAAGUUCAACAAUGACCGCGUAGAGAUGAUCCAGAUCAGAACCAAAAGUCUGCAGCCGCCGCCGCCGUCUGGCAGUGUCAGAGAGAAGAACCGGGUCAGCUUCAUCAUCCAGAGGGACACGCAGAGGAAGGACGACCCACAGCAGCAGGACGGAGGCCACAAAGAUCCUCCACAGCAGCCGGCAGACAUGAAGACAGAGUUCGACCUGCAGGACGAGGACAGGAGAACAGAAGACAGACCGUCUCCUUGCUGUCCUCACCGACACCUCGAGGACACGGGGCUGUACAUCAGUCACAUGACCGCAGCUCCCUCCUCCUUCAUGGACUCAGAGGUCCGGGAGCGAACGACUUCCUCCUCGUCCCACUCCUCUUCCUCGUCUCAGCGGGACUCGACCCUGACCUCGCCUCGGUCCUGGAGGGAGAACCUGGAGUCCACCGGCCUGCAGUCCAGAGGACAAGGAGCUCCAGACUUCAUCGAGAAGGAGAUCGAGGAGGCUCUGAGACGCGAGCAGGAGCUCCAGGAGCUGAGGAGGUCCAGGGAGGAAACUCCUCUCUUCUCUCCUGCUACUCUGGUGGAACAAGCAACCAAAAUGGCCGUCAGUCAGUUCUACCCGCCUGCAAACACAGAUAAAGCUGAGAGCAGUCUGUCCUCCUCCUCCCCUCGACCCUCCAACUCCUUCAUCGCCGCUCAGCCCUGGACCUCCUCCUCCUCCUCCUCCCCCACAUGGAUCCGGUCCGGCCCCCCCCCUCUCAGAGGUCUGACAGAGACCCUGCUGCAGGACUUCGAGGAGAGACGAGUCCGACUGAAGCUGGACGAGAGCUCAUACGCAGGAAUCCAGCCGGUCGACGACGUGAACAACGAGGUUGUGGAGUCGACUCGAGUCGUUCGACAUAAAAACCAGCGAGCUCUCCGCUGGGAGGCCGGCGUCUUCGCCAACCAGGAGGACCAGUGAGACCAGCAGGACCAGACCCGGAUCCAGACCCAGACCCAGACCCAGACCCAGACCCAGACCUGCAGGGGGAUGACAUGGCAUCUCCUCUGUGUGCUCAGUGUCUCUUCACUAACAGCUUUUCUCUGAUUUUCAGCUGACUUUAAAAUGGUUUACACUCUGAGGAAAGGCUGCUGCUGAUUGGUCCUCAGAGGACCAAUCAGCAGCAGCAGAGACACUCUGUGUGAUUCAUGUAGAGAAUAAAUUAAAGCUGCAGAGAUGAAAUAAAGAGUGAAACUGGACAGGAGCAGUUUGUUUGAUCUGCAGGCUGAUGGAGGGUUUGUGGUUUUAAUUAUUAUUUUAAACUGCUGCAUCUGAAAGUCAGAAACAUUCAAAUGAUUCUUCAAACUGUUUGAGACGGAACGACGGCGCCGCCUGGAGGACACACGAGGAGCUGACACACAGCCGUAAACUAACAGGAAGUUCACCU